CGAUUAUGUCAAAUUAACAUAAUUUUAUAUACUAUUAUCAUACUUUGUGUUUCGAAAAUGCAUAACUUAUUUGGAAAAUUUCGCUACAAUUUUUUAGAUGUGAAGGACGGGGUUAUCCAGUGCAUAUAAUAAGCUAAGGGCCUGAUCCUAAGUAGAAAGUAACAAGUAACUUCAUCAUUUGAUGGGCAUAAAAAUCUUGUCGUUGGCUAAGUAGUCACCGCUUUGAUAUUAACUUUUAUAAAAUGAGCGGUAGUGGGACUGGAGGUGGUGGCAGUAGUGGUGGAGGUUCUGGUCGUGCACACUUUCGUAGUCAGUUAGGCUGUUGUAUAUGUGGAACAAAGUCAUCAUCCUCUCGUUUUACCUCUAGUCAACGAUAUGCUGAGCAUUUUGGUGCAUGUUUUGGUCCACAGGGGACUACACGUUCAGGAGAUUUAUGCAAUGCAUGCGUUCUUUGUGUUAAACGUUGGCUUCAACGGGGUAGACAACCGAACUUCUUUGUACAGGUUCUUGACAGUAAGAAAGGUCCUGGACCGAAACAUAUGAAAGAAAUUACUAAACGAGCUCGUCGUCGGGAAGCCAAACAACAAGCGGCUGCUGCUAUCGCUUCAUCUGUAAGUAAAGAACAGAAAUCUGUAAAAUCUGCUUCGAUUACUACCACUACCCAUACUCCUACUACACGUUCGUCUUGUGGAAACGGUCAUCAUUGUUUGAAUAGCAGUUCCGGCUCACGUGGCAAUCUUCAUUACACACAAACAAAUCCGAAACUGGAGCAUUAUUCGCAUACAUCACCUAGUUGUAUUCGUGUUCAGUCUAAUAUGUUUUCCCAGCAAUCUUAUAUGGGAGGUACGACACGAUCAAGUGCACAACACUUUCAGGCAUUAUCAAAUGGAUUAAGGUGUUCUUCGCAUAACAAUGGCAACAAUAGUCGUAAUAGUAAUUCCCACUGUUAUAAUCGAUCAUUAAAUCAUAAUAAUAAUAAAAAUGACACUUUAGAACACAUAUGCUGUUCUUGUACAAUUUUGGAUCAGAAAGAAUAUUUAUCGACAUUAUCUCAUCCACAAGGUGCUACACGAACUCGUGCAGCUGCUGCUAGGCAAUUAGAAGCAGCCAGUGCUGCUGCCGCUUUUGCUCAAAAUACUACGGGUGUCCUAUCUACUUCAUUACCAUCGUGUAAUAGUCAUCAUCGUCAUAGUAGUAGUAACUUAGUGCUUCGUUCAGAAAACAUAAAAAUGACUACAUCAUCAGAUUCCAGUGAAAGUGAUCCUAAUAAUAGUUAUGAUAUUAACCAACAAAAAUGUUGUUCCGAAACUGCAACAUCGGCUUCAAGUUGUUCUAGUUGUUGCGCCUGUGGUGGAGGUAGCCUAAGUUGCUGCAGUGGAAGCACAAGCGGGUUCGGGUCGAAUUCUUCAGACCUGUCACUUACGAGUAGUGUUAAUUAUCCCGGAAUGAAAUCUAAUACACACCACAAUAAAAAACAACACAAUUAUUCAAACUGUACAUGUCAUGAUAAUAAAACUGUUGAAAUAAGUAAUUUUUCAAUAGAUUACAAUUGUUCCACUCAACGAUCCUACUGUCAUCACCAAUCUCGACGUGCUAAUGAAUUUAGAUAUCCUCAAUUACCACAAACUGGCCAAAUCAAUAUAAAUAGUAAUGGCACAUGCGGUAACAAUAAUAGUAACGAAGAUGAAAAGGGUGCAUCUAUAUUUAUAAAUGGUAAUGCUGGAAAUUUUCAGAACUCUAAUGAUACUCAACAAACAUCUUAUGUUGCAUCGGGACGAAAUAAUUCGAUUACAAAUACCAAUGUAGCCACAACAUCAUUAACAACAACAACAACAACUAUUCCUACCCGACGUUAUAACCGUAGAGUUGUCCUACCUCCAGUAAGAAUGACCCAUAACCCCGAAGUGGAUUCUUUAUUACGUGAAAUCAUGGAAAGAAAUAGUCAGGCUGUAAAUUUCGAUUCUCGUGAAAUGCAUAUGGCUGUUCAACAAGAAUUACGACUUCGUAAUCGUACCAUUCAUACUGCUGCUUCAGUUUCUGGUGGGUCCAUUUCUUCAAUUAGUUCGGCUGACGGCUCUAUAGAAGCCAAUGCCGGGUCCAGUAGUCAAACAUCAACUAGUGGCGUGAAAUGCAACCAUCAUCAUAGUUCUCCGAAUCAUGAACAUUUGGCUAAACGUCAUUGUUCACAUCAUUGUUAUUACAGUUGCGAAUAAAAUGAAGAAAAAAGAAGAUAUUUUGUUUUCUCAUAUCUGCUUGGUCUUUAAUGUACACCACUAUCGUACAGCGUUAUCAUCUCUGUUAUUAGCACAAGUAUCAGUCUUAACAUACAUAUAUAUAAUACUCGUGUACAGGUUUGAACUGUGUACUGAGCAAUUAAUUGGCUGUUAAAGUUUAUCUGUGUGUUGUAGAAAUUUCAUUUUCAGUAUUUUUGUUUUUAAUAUUUCCUUUUUAAAUUAUUAUUUUGACUCUUGAUGACAUACUUUAAUUCUUAUUGCUUUAGAAAAUAUUCCUUAUUCUUCGUCAUUUGUAAUUCUAUUAUAUUAAGUGUUUAUCUAUUUUGCCAGUGAUGCAUAUUAAAACGAAAGCAAAGGGAGUAGCGGUGAUGGCGGGCUUUAGAGAUGGAAGGGAAGGGAGAGACAUAAGGAAUACAAAUCACCGUCUAAAUAGAAUGUACAAUCAACUUGCCUACAAUCUAGAGUACGAGAAAAACACUAAGCUUUUUAUGCAUAUAUUUUUGGCGGAUAUUGUUUUUGUUACAUAUAACUUAUACACUUUCCCACCAUAUGUAAAGAAAAAUAAGAGUUAUUUAUCAGUGACUGUUUGUCUAUGUGUUUAUCUUUUCUACUUACACUUCGUCUGGCUGCUAACAUUACAAUAAUAUACAUUUAUUCAUAUGUUGUUUACAUUAAUGUUAUCUUUCUUUAUUCGGAAUAAAUAAUGUCUUCUCUCGUUGUAUAUGUCAAUAUAUAAUGUUUUAUUGUUUGUGGACAGUUUGUUUUCUUUCUUUCAAUGAUCGAUCUUUUUUUCUUUUUUUUGCAAAACAAAUUAGUAGCAUCACACAAAUAUCUCAACUUGUUAUAUUUUCUGUUCUCGUUACUUAAGUUCUUUUCUUUGUUUGUUUAUCUUCUUUAAACUGCUAUGAUGUGUACACCUAUAUGCACGCACAUGUGGGACAUCUCUAGAGAUUUGCAUUAAUCUCAUGUUACAUUAUUUUUUUAGUUUGACUUUUUUUUCACGAUACUCUUCUUUCUGUCAGUUAUCCUCACUUUGACUAUUAUUAUUAUUAUUACCAAUAAUAAUAGUAGUAGUAGUAGUGACUGUUGGUGUCCUAUUACACUUUUGCUAUUUUUAAGUGUAAAAUAUAAUCAACAAAUUGUUAUUUUUGAAAUCAUGUAAAAAAGGAUUAGUAGUCAAGCCUUGAGUUUUCUUUUCCUUUUUGUUGUCAUUACGUUGGCUUUUUCUCCCGUGUUUUACAGUUCCCAUUUACCUACUUUGUUCUGUUUUAGUUGUAACUAGUUGUUUCCCUUGUGUAUUUAUGUAUAUCUCUUGUUUACUUCUGUUAUUUCCUGGAAUUUCCAUCUUGCUUUCUCUUAGACCAUCUAUCUUAAACUCCUCUGAAAGGAAGAAAUGUUCAAAAAACCUGAUAAUAUCUACGAUUGUAUGAAUAUACACCUUAUCUAUGCUA